AUGCUAUCUAUGAUGCAACAUAAUUAAAAUAUCAAAUAGGUAUUGUGUUCACAGAGGACUUGGUACAUAUCCUUAAUAAUACAUUAAAUUGUAUAGAAUCCAUCAUUUCUCAAAAGACAUUAAGUUGAAUUACAUUUCAUCCAUCAUAUGCAUUUGAUCAAGUGGUGCCUUUAAUUGCAACCUUAUUUUCUAUUAUAAUCCAUCGGAAUUUAUUCUUUUCUUUUGAUUAUGAACAAUUAAAUGGCUAACUAAUAUUCUUAUAAAACUUCUCUUGGGUAAGUUUAAAUAAUUAUUAAAUUCAGGUCAAUUUCAAUUCAUGAUAAUGCUUUUGCUUUCCAUUAAAAUUUUGCUAUAAAGUACUCACCACACAAUUUAUCACGAACAAGGCUUAUGUGGAAUGAAGAAUCUUGA